GAGCUAUUAAAGGACAAAGAACUUUUACAGAAAUAUGGUUCUGAGAAAUUUGACGUCUCACCACCAGAAAAGAAGAAGAAAGGAAAGAAAGAGAAAAAAGUAGAAGAAGAGAAGAAAGAACCUGAACCAGUUCCAGAGAAGGUGAGAUAUGACAUGUAA